GGAACAACCUUGAAGGCGAAUUGGGAUACAGCAGUAGCGAGAGUGCUUAGAGAUAUCAACGAUGGCACCCGCGGGAGCUUUGGCUUUGCUGAGAUGCUGCAGGAAAACAGGAUGGAACAUGCCGCUCUGCAUAAAUCAUUGGAUGACUCAUUCUUGUCUCUCUAAAUCUUUCAAAUCAGAAGCUUUGCCACAUAUAGUCAAAGAAGGAUUAACUUGUGCUCCACUUCAGACAUUUACAGAAGAAGAGUUAAUGAUUAAAGAAUCAGUAAAAAAAUUUGCUCAAGAGCAAAUUGUUCCAUUAGUACAAAAAAUGGAUGCCGAUGCAAAAAUGGAUGAUUUUUUAUUUCAAGGACUAUUUGAAAACGGGUUAAUGGGUAUUGAGCUUGAAGCAGAAUAUGGAGGAACUGGAUCUUCUUUCUUUUCUACCAUUCUGGUUGUUGAGGAGUUAGCCAAAGUUGACCCAUCGGUAUCACUUGCGUGUGAACUCCAGAAUACUUUCAGUAAUAAAAUGUUUACAACAUAUGGCACAGAAGAACAAAAGAGAACCUAUUUGCCCAGGUUGGCAAAAGACAUGAUGGGCGCCAUCUGCAUUUCUGAAUCAGGAGCUGGCAGUGAUGCUUUCUCCAUGAGGACUCGGGCUGAAAAGCAAGGGGAUUACUACAUCAUCAAUGGAUCAAAGAUGUGGAUUAGCUUUGCAGAACAAGCAGGAAUUUUUUUAGUGAUGGCAAAUACAAAUCCUUCAGCAGGCUAUAAAGGAAUUACAUGUUUCAUAGUAGACCGUAAUACAGAUGGCCUGCAUGUAGGAAAGAAAGAAGAUAAGCUGGGAAUCAGAGCAGCAUCUACAUGUCCUGUAACAUUUGAAAAUGUGAAGGUUCCUGAAAGCAAUAUAAUGGGACAAGUUGGUCAGGGUUAUAAGUAUGCUAUUGGAAUGCUGAAUACAGGAAGAAUUGGCAUAGCUGCGCAGAUGCUGGGAUUAGCACAGGGGUGUUUUGAUCAUACUAUCCCAUACACAAAGGAAAGAACCCAGUUUGGAAAAAGCAUUUUUGAUUUUCAGGGACUGCAACAUCAGAUUGCUCAAGUGGCCAUUCAGAUUGAAGCUGCAAGGUUGCUGGUCUAUAAUGCUGCCCGAUUUGCAGAAACUGGGAAACCAUUUAUAAAACAAGCAAGCAUGGCUAAAUAUUAUGCAGCAGAGGUUGCAACUCUAACAACAAGUAAAUGUAUUGAAUGGAUGGGUGGAGUUGGCUUCACGAAAGAUUAUCCAGUUGAAAAAUUUUACAGGGAUUGCAAGAUUGGUACCAUAUAUGAAGGAACUUCAAAUAUCCAGUUAAACACUAUUGCAAAAUGCAUUGCCCAAGAGUAUUGAAAUUCCAGGAAUUAAGUGACUGUUGCCAACCUGAUUACUUCUCAGAAAGUUAAAUAUGGUUUUACUUCUUUGUGGGUUGCAGAUUGCUGGUUUUAGAACAAGGAAACAAAUUACAGUAAUUUUUAAUCGUUGUGCAACUUUCUGUACAAGUGUACAAUGUAAAUGGCUGGACUAUUUGGAAUCAGUAAUACGACCCUAAGAAUUCUUACUUGUUUUUCCAAUCACUGUGAAAUAAGAGGUUAUGCACUUCCACACUCCCUUUUAAACAAACAA